UGAGGAUAUUUGCGAUGUUUGCUUUGUGAGAUUUAUGGUUCUGGGGUUGCGUCCAGGAGGGAUAUGAGAUUCUGUCGAUAUGCGCGUGCGUUAUCUUGGUAUGGUGUUGCAACGCAUUAUCUUCAAGCAUUCGAGUCUAGGUUUGAUCGCGGCAUAGGGAAUGCCACUUCUGCUUGCUCUUCGCUUAUAAAUUUCUGUCGACUGGACUCGAUUGUAUUUUCCCAUGCUGUGCCAGUUUCAUGUCUCCUUCUGGAGGGAUCUGGAGGGAUAUAUCAUUUAUUUUGUAGCUGAUCUUGCUUUUCAUAUCACAAGCUCUCUUUCAAUAUUGCAACAC